ACUCUAUUAGGAUUUGACAAUUUUCUGCAUUUUCAAUUGUUUUCAUUGAAUUGUCAACAAAUCAAAUAUGAAAAAAUUAAAAAUAGCUAUUGUAGGUGGCGGUAUUAUUGGUGUGACCACUGGUCUAGCUAUACAACAAUAUCUAGAAUCUGAUUUGAUUGAAAUGAUAACAAUUAUUUCGCAACAAUGGACACCAAAUACAACCGGUGAUGUAAGUGCCGGUCUUAUUUAUCCAUAUUUAGCUGCACCGGAUACACCUAAACAACAAAUGGAACGUAUACUAAUUGAUUCGAUUAAAUUUUUUGAUAAUUUAAUCCAAGAUCCAGAAAGUAGUGGCUUUGGUUUAUCACGUUUAACAUUAUUCGAAUUAUUUAGUAACAAUGAUAAUGUUUGUCUACCGAUAGCUAGUGAUGAAUUGCCUGUAAUUCGUACAUUAACAACCAAUGAAAUUCAACGUUUAUUUCCAUCAAUUCAACAACAAUAUCAACAUGGUAAUCUUGUUGAAACAUUUAUUGCUGAACCAAGUUUAUUAUUACCAUAUUUGAUGGAUAAAUUUGGUAAACAGAAAGGACAAAUGAUUACAAAACAUGUUGAAAGUCUUGUUUCAUUGAAAAAUGAAUAUGAUUUAAUUAUCAAUUGUACCGGUGUCGAUGCACGUAAACUAAAUGAUGUUGAUGAUAGUGAUCAAUUACGUUCGGCACGUGGACAAGUGAUGCGUGUAAAAGCACCGUGGAUUCGUCAUGGUAUAAUAGCAGAUCAAUGGUAUAUUCUACCACAGAUCGAUUCGGUUGUAUUGGGUGGCACAAAACAACUAGACAAUUAUAAUCUUGAACCGGAUCCAAAAAUAGCUGAGGAAAUUUGGCAGAAUUGCUGUCAAAUAAUGCCAACAUUAAAACUGGCUAAAAAAAUUGAUGAUUAUGUUGGUCUGCGACCUUUUCGACGUACAUUACGUAUUGAAAUGGAUAAUAAUGAUGAUCAUAUUAUACAUAAUUAUGGACAUGGUGGUUCAGGUGUGACAUUAUGUUGGGGUUCAGCAAUACAAGUCAUCAAUUUGAUUAAAAGCAAAUUUCUUUAAUGAAUUCUUAAUUGAUUAAUGUUUGGAUCAAUUAUAAAUCUAAAUAAAAUGUGGAA